AUGGAACAGAAAAAUAUCAAAAUUAAUUUUUCACCUCCAGGCUCCUACUUUCUUCAGCUCAUCAAGUCCAAAAAUACAAGAAUGAAGUACAUCCAAACCGAUCAAAUCUUAGAUAUCCCAGAGGGUGUUACCGUUGACAUCAGGGCCAGAGUCAUCAAAGUUGUUGGCCCAAGAGGCGAAUUGACCAAGAACUUGAAACACAUUGAUGUUACCUAUUCCAAGAUCUCCAACAGAGCCAUCAAGAUUACUGUCCACAACGGUGACAGAAAACACGUUGCUGCUUUGAGAACCGUCAAGUCUUUGAUUGCCAACUUGAUCACCGGUGUCACCAAGGGUUACAAGUACAAGAUGAGGUUUGUCUAUGCGCAUUUCCCAAUCAAUGUCAACAUUGUUGACCAAGACGGAUCCAAGUUUGUUGAAAUCAGAAACUUUUUGGGUGAAAAGAGAGUGAGACAAAUCAAGAUCACCGAAGGUGUCACCAUGGACUUGUCCAGUGCUCAAAAGGAUGAGUUGAUUGUCACCGGUAACUCAUUGGAAGACGUUUCUCAAAACUGUGCUGAUAUCCAACAAAUCUGCCGUGUCAGAAACAAGGAUAUCCGUAAGUUCUUGGAUGGUAUCUACGUUUCCGAAAAGGGUACCAUUGUUGAAGACAUAUAA